AUGAUCGUCAAUGCAACUAAUGAAGUCCCCAAUUCGAAAACGCUGGGAAAUAUACCCCGCAUAAAAUUAUGGAUCGAUGAUACCUCAGAAACUGAUAUUUACCCUCAUCUUGAAGCUGUUAGUGAUCAGAUAGAAACAGUCAUAGCAAAUGGUGGAGCAGUGUUAGUUCACUGCGUUGCGGGUGUAUCACGAUCAGCCACAGUUUGUCUCGCUUUUCUUACCAAAUAUCGAUGUCGAUCGCUUCGUGAUGCUUAUUUCUUGAUGCUUUCUAAGAGGUCCUUGGUGAGACCAAAUAUUGGUUUCUGGAAACAACUAAUCCAGUUUGAACAGGAAAUCAAACAUGUGCCAGCUUCAGUGGAAAUGGUGUAUGACGAAGACCAGGUCGAUCAUUUGUUACCUGAUGUCUACCUGGAUCAGGCAGUUCAGCCCAAGCAACCUCUAUGGAUAACACUUUCAUUAGCCGGUGUCAUAUUGCUUCUCCUUAGUAUGCUAGCUCAUUCACUUUCAGCUUUUCACUUUCUCAAAUCAAAGUUAAAUUUCUUUUUCGAAGCUCAAUCUAUGCAAAUAGUUGUCUCAUCAUGUGAUCAGGAUAUAUUUUUACGCGGUGAUAAUUCGACCAAUAAUGAUAAUUGCUCAUCAAAUGUGUCCCUAUGA